AUGAGAUGGGGUCAUAAAGCUAAUCCGGAUAGGUGGUUCAUAAACUUACAACCACAAUUCCAAGAAGUUGUAGACGCAAUGGAAGUGAAUGGUGAACCAGAUAUAGCUGGUAUUUUCAGCGCGGCUUUAAUGCCAUUGAAAGAUAUGAAACAUGCAGAUAUUUUGGACCAGUAUGAAAUGAACAUGGCUGAUGGAAAUAUAACACCUGACGUUCUAAAACAUUUAUCUCAAAGAACUACACAGAACCAUAGAGAUGGUAUAUUUGGUGAAGAGUUUAGAAAGAAAGUUAGGGAGGGAGAAGGAAGAGAACCUAUUGUACAUGACCUUGCAAACGAAAGUUUACAAAAUGUCAUAAAAACUUACUUUGCAGACAAUGAACCGAGAAGGGAUGAAUAUUUAAGAAAACUCAAAUGGACAGUACCAAAUGAAAUGUUAGUAUUGAAAAACAUGUUCCUUGACAAAAUAAAACCAACUACAGAAAUAAACGACGCAAGACUGAAAGAUUGGGUAGAAGCUUUCCCAUUCACAAAAGAUAUAGUUGGUAACAUGGAAAGAAAACCAGAAUGGCUACAAAAACAUAUAUUUGGAAACGAGCUUAUUCCAUAUGGACAGGCACU